AUGCGACACGCACGCAGCAUCUUCACUCUCCCCAGCGCCCUCGUACUCCUCCUCGUCACCGUGCCGCCAUGUCCCGUAGCCUCAGAACCGUCGUGGCCGUAUAACCUACCAGCUGACGCAAAAUACUUUCCAGAAGAUGAAGUCGACGUCAAGAGGAAGGCUAAGGUCAUGGAGCGGCUUGCGAGUGAGACUCCCAUUGGUGUUCGGAAGAUGAGUGGAGACGAGGGCGAGAUGUUCUCCUUGGAUUACUGGCAGUUUGAUGGAGCUGGGCUUGCGGACGAGAGCGGAGGGCUGAAGGUUGCGGACAAGCAGUUGCUGCGGCGAGCAACGCAAGAAAGUGACCGUGAAGGAUAUGGGAACAGUUCGCUGGCAUACCAAUACCUUCCGCCCUUCCUGCUCCACUCUGAGCAGCCGCUGCAGUACGAGCACCCCUUCCGGUUCCUUCCACGCAACGGCCUUCGGGGACGAGACUUUCAGUGCCCCACCGGCACGAGCAGUUGUGCGGCAAUUAGCCGGCCGAACAGCUGCUGCGCUACUGGAGAGACUUGCGUUAUAGUAACAGAUACCGGGUUGGGCGACGUUGGGUGCUGCCCUGCUGGAACAAGCUGUUCAGGAUCCGUAUCAACGUGCGACACUGCCAACGGCUAUACCAGCUGUCCCGGUAGCUCAAACGGAGGAUGCUGCAUACCGAAUUAUGCUUGCGAGGAUGUUGGCUGCAUUAUCAGCGGCACCAGAACCGUCACGACUACACUACCCGUAGCCACUUCAACCAUCAGACCAUCAACAUCACCCACCUCUAGGCCGUCAUCAAGCGCGACCUCCCCCUCGGCCACGCCAACAACCUCGAGCCCUCCCUCAAUCACACCAAUCCCCACAACCGCCCCCAUCAUCGUCCAAAGCCCCUUAAUCUGCACCCCCGGCUUCCAAUCCUGCCCCCAAAGCCUCGGCGGCGGCUGCUGCCCCACCGACCGCGCCUGCGGCUCCCCCAGCUGUCCUCCGCUCUCCACCAUUCCAACCGCCACGGCCGCCGCGCCCGUCCGCCCAACCUCCGGCACCAGUUCCGAGGCCGAUGACACCGUCGUCCCCGUUACUCCGUCCACUGCUGCGAACACCGCGACGAUAUCCACCGCUGCCGGGUCUGCCGGACCCUGUCCAACGGGCUACUACAUGUGCUCGGCGUACUACCUAGGCGGUUGCUGCCAGGUAGGCAGGGACUGCGCACAGACCUCGUGUCCGCCCUCGCCGGGCACCGUGGUCGUGAGCAACGGCGUUACGGUCGCCGCGCCCGCGGGUGCUACCGUUGCUGCUGCGAGUGUGCCUGCGGGUUCGAGCAGCAGCGGCGCUACGACGGGAAUCACCAGUUCGGCCGCAGCCAGCGCGGGCGCGGGGAGCUGUGCCACGGGGUGGUAUAGCUGUGCGGCGGAUAGGGGAGGCGGGUGCUGUCCUAGUGGGUACAACUGUGCGGAGAACUGUGUUGCGACGGUUAGUGGGGCGGGGAGCGUGGGGAAGCUGGCGCCUGUGAGCGCUGGGACAGGUCUACGCGCCUGGUGGUGGGGGUUUUGUGUCGCUGGAGUGGUCGCUGGUUUCGGCAUGGUUGUGCUCUAG